AUGACCUGUGACAUCGCGCCAUUCGGGGCGGAGAUCACGACCCCGGCACUCGACGAGCUCGCCGAUCAGGGCGUGCGGCUGCUGAACUAUCAUACGGCGGCGGCGUGUUCACCGACGAGGGCGAUGAUCAUGUCUGGCACCGACGCGCACCUCGGUGGUCUCGGCUGCCUGUUGGAGUACAAGUGUGACGAGCAGGGUCAGAAGCGCUGGAACGGCAAAGCUGGUCACGAGGGCUUUCUCAACUAUGAGGUUGCGGCGCUUCCAGAAGUGAUGCAGGACAAUGGAUACUACACCUUCAUGAGUGGAAAGUGGCAUCUGGGAUUACGACCAGAGCAUGGACCGAGUGCGCGCGGCUUCGACCAUUCGUUUGCGAUGCUGCCGGGCUGCUGUAACCACUACGGCUGGGAGCCGGUGCUCGACGCGGGUGAGGCGGGAAACAAGGUCGGCGGUCGGCCGAUCCACGCCGAGGACGGGCGGCACGUCCGCAUCCCGCCAAAUACGACCAAUGAUCCGAAGGGCUUUUACUCGAGCGACUACUACGCGGAUAAGUUCAUCGAGUACCUCGACGAGCGGCCAAAGAACAAGCCGUGGUUUGGUUUUCUCUCCUUCACGGCGCCGCACUGGCCGCUCCAGGCGCCGAAAGCCGGAAAGUACGACGGUGGACCGGAGGUGCUGCGAACAGAGAGGCUGGCGAAGCUGAAGGAGCUCGGCAUCAUCCCGCCAGAUGUGAAGGCGCACGAUGUUGUCGCUCCCGAAGUCUCGCCCUGGUCUGAGAUGAGCGAGGACGAGCGUGCGUGCUCUUCACGCGCAAUGGAGACGUACGCGGCCAUGGUGGAGUGCAUGGAUAGCGCGAUUGGGCGGGUCUUCGAGCGCCUGAAGGCCGAGGGCGAGUGGGAGGACACGCUCGUCGUGUUCAUGUCGGACAAUGGCGCAGAGGGCGCGGCAAUCGAGGCGAUUCCAGUGCUGGGAGACAACAUCCGCGAAGCGGUUGCCAAAUACUACGACAACUCGAUUGGUAAUGUAGGCGAGUGGAACAGCUACACAUGGCUCGGACCGCUGUGGGCUCAGGCGUCGACUGCUCCGUCAAGACUUUACAAGUGCUUUCCGUCCGAAGGCGGUAUCCUCGUCCCCGCUAUCGUCAAGCCGGCCCGCGACACAAUGCCAAACAUGAAGCCUGGCAGCUUUUCUCGCGCUUUCACGACGUGCAUGGAUCUGGCGCCGACAGCCCUCGAGCUCGCUGGGAUUACGUUACCGCCUGCGCCGGCCGAUGCGCCCGUGCGGUCCGAAGGCGUGGCGGAGGUCGAGUUCGAGAAGCCUGGGCGGUAUACAGGAAUAGAGGCCGAGGCAGUCGCUCGAGUACCAGGGAAGGGCCGAGUGUACCACCGCGGCCGGGCAGUGUACGCAAUGACGGGCAAGUCGUGGGUACGCUGGUUCGGGCGCGGCGAGUCAGCAGGCGACACGGAAGAGUGGGCAGUGUACCCCUCCACUGAGCCGGUGGGGUGGGAGCUGCAGGCGAUGGCGGCUCUGCGGCUGGGCGACUGGAAGAUUGUGCAUCUCCGCGCCUCGCACGGGGGCAAGGCGCACCCGUGGCGCCAACCGGGGCCGGCGGGGCAGGACGACCCGCAAGGCUGGGAGCUGUUCGACGUCGCGUCCGACCCGGGCGAGACGCGGGACCUCAGCCGCGAGCAUCCCGAGAAGCUCGCGGAGCUACUGGGACAUUGGGAGGCGUACUGUGCCGAGUUUGGGCUGGUGUGGGGGGAGCACGCGAUGGAUGACGGUUUCUCGCGCGAGGAGGCGCAGACGUGGCACGACUACGACCCCGAGAUGCAGAAGGGGUGGAUCGUGACGAAGGAGGGGGCUCAGCCGGAUUUCAACCAGUAG